CCUUUUACGGCUCUUUCUAGAGUCGCAUUUACUAGUAGUACCAGGUUAAACAAACCUAAUCAAGAAAAAUGGCACGGAAACGUGCGAUAAAUGUGUGCUCGACAUGUCACGAGCGCAAGAUCCGUUGUGACUUGGAUACGACUACGAGUCCAUGCUCGAAUUGCCGGGAGUACCGCUCAGAGUGCACGCCUCGGACUCGGAAACCAUAUAGGUCCACGAAUAGGAACAAGAAGAAUGAGAACGUCAAUCCCGAAGAAAAGGCUCCUCCUGAUACUGUGGAUAUCUCGAGGUCUGUUUCCCAGCUUGAUCAAACCAGAAUUGUCGCAUCUGUCGUUACGCAGCCAAGUUCCAGAACAACAUCGAUAUAUGUUGGCGAAAGUGGCUAUGGUGCGAUAUUCGAUAUGUUGAGACCAGAAAGUCCAAAACGUCGCCACAUUACCAUCAACGGUAGGGCUGACGCAGCCCUCAAUCCAGAGGAUCUGGAAUACCUCUGGCUCAAGGGUUGCUUCGAGCUGCCGACCGAAAGUAAUGACCUUCUCGCAGCCUAUUUCCGCUUUGUCCACCCCAUAUUUCCAGUCCUCGAUGGACCCUCCUUCUUACGAGAUCACGCGAGUGGAGGGCUAGGUAGAUUGAAUUUGCUUCUCUUAUGGAGUAUGUUUUCAGUCAGUGCAAGCUACGUCCCCGCAUGUUCCGACAAGGAAACUAAAGCGUCAUUCGUCACUCGAGGGAAUGUUCUUUUCGAACUAGGUGGCGAGAAUGAUAAACUCGUUCUCGUCCAGUCCGCCCUCCUGCUUAGCUUCUGGUUCGACGAUGCCGAGGACAUCAAGCAGUCUUGGUACUGGUCGGGCAUUGCUUUUAGCAUCUCUCAGACCCUUGGUCUUCAUCGCACACCUAUGCCUGAUGCCCGGCAAAUCUUCAGGGCGGAGUAUCAUGUCUGGAGAAACGCGUGGCACUGCUGUAUGCUUCGAGACACAUGGCUGUCUUACAGCAUGGGAAGGCCUUUGCGUCUCGAUGAAGCAGCGCGUAGCACCACUUUGCCCCUCAUGGCCGAAUGUCGCUUUCAAGACGUGAAACUCCAAGGCAACAGCGUUUAUUCCGAAGCAGAGGCAGAGGGGUUCGAGAAGAUGUGGAGAACCUCAGUCACAGCCGCGAAUAUGUUGCGUCAGUUUCUCUCGUCCAGGACCACCGAGCCUCCCGUCUUCUCAAACCGUGUCAAAGACAGCCUCCAAGUCCAAGAAGACAUCUGUUCAAGUCUACUACUCUCGCUUUGCUACCGUCACUUACGGCUCUGUCAGAAUGCGGCGAUGAUCGCAAUAUGUCAGCUCAGUGGCGACAAGGAGAUGGCCGAAACAGCGGCGGACGGAAUCAUCACGACAGUCCAGUCAUAUCAUGACGACGAUACUAUCGCAUACGUUCCUCCGACAGUGGUACCUCUAAUUAUGCCGGCUAUGCUCAUCUCUAUUUCGGCACUAAAGUCUACAGAACUAUAUAAGAGGGAGCUGGGAGAAAGGCGACUUUCCUGCUGCCUUCAUCUCCUGGAAACAAUUGAGCGAACCUACCCUGCGGCGUUGAUAGUGAAGCAGCUAUUUCUUUCUGUAUAUAGCAACAUUCGUACUCAAGACCCCAGCACACCUACCUAACCCGAAUUAGCCAACUACUGGAAAGGAAUACGGUUUUCUUAGGAGAAUUUUACCUAUACGUCUUCCACAUACGGAGCUAAUCACAUGGUUACACCUCGCGCAAGGUAACCUAGGGUCAAACAUACUCCGCUGGGUGGGGAUCAAAGCAGCGCGAACAUGCUGAGCCACAGCCGUAGUCCCCUCCACGGCGUUCACGUCCCCCGUGUACUCCAGCUUUCCGUCGCCGACCACCGAGAGCACAACGGGGCACGCGCUCUUGCCCAUAAUCUUCUCCUUCUUCUUCUUCCUCCUUCUCCUCCUCCUCUUCUUCUCCUUCUUCAUCAUCAUCAUCAUCAUCAUCAUCGGGGAUGGUCAUGAUGCUUAUCCAGAACCUCUUUGGUCAUCGC